UCUGCACGUGGCAGUGGUGGCGGGAAUCCAUGUACGUUAUCUUCACUGUCUGUCCGAUACGGGUCCAUCAGCGGCCAGGUUUUCUCGGCCAGUACAGCCAGGAGCUUCCAGAAGCUAGUCUAGCUAACAUGCCCCACGUGCUUGCCCCUCAUCCCCCUCCCUCCCCUCCACUGUACGUGUAGCGUUCCCCCAUCAGUUCCACAAAGCAGCAAGACGGACUGAGGCUGAAUGAGUCUACUCCACCAGCUGCUGAUGCUGAGGGACAUGGGAUGAAGCAACCGGAGGUUCGUCGUGGACGUCAUACAGCAGUGGGCAGUGAUUAAGUGACGCCAUCACCGCAGCCCUGGUAUAGUCAGUCAGUGGUCCCGCAGCUACAACUGGGAGACAUGCCGGGAGACAGGCCUAUCGAACCUCAUCGUCGAACCUGUGGAAUAGUGUCUUCGGACUUUCAGCCUAAUACAUAGGACAAUCGUCGUCCGAACCGGUCACACCAACAUUCGCUACUUCAUAUACACCACCUAGAGCUUUGGAAGAGAGUUUUCUAACUUCCAAAUCUAAUUGCUACUUCUGUGGAUGUUUACUGUGUGUGUUUAAUUUGUGUCCGUCCCCAUUUGGACAAAGGGGUCAUUUCUUUCCUCCAUACAAAGUUUGGGCCAGGCCAUCCAGUGAUUACUCGUUAAGCCGUGAUACAAUGCCGAGGGGGACAUCGCACCUGCUGUCGUUGCUACAUGUUUUGACUGUGUGUACAGUGAUUGUAGGAGAGCCGUUUUACCAGCACCGUGACCACAGGGACCAGCUGAAGUACAGGCAAGGGAGAACUAGGGCUGGGAAUAGGGUGACGAGUCGAGAUGAAGCCGAGGCUGUUUUGGACAAGUAUGGCUAUCUACGAUGCAAGUUAACACGGAACAACCGAGUGCCGUUUUUUAGAACCGUCUUUUCACCUAUUCAUAAUCUGAAGUUGGAAGAGGAAGGAGGCCGCAGCACGUGUAAUGAAGAACAUGUUGCCAAGGCUUUAAGGGAAUACCAGAGGAACUAUAAUUUGCCGGAGACGGGUGAGCUUGACGAAGACACUCGAGUGUUGAUGAGUAGUUCCCGUUGUGGCAAUAAGGACAAGGAAUCGGAAUCGGCCAAUCCGAACGCCACAAGCGUGGCCAAAGAUAACAAAGACAGUCCGGGUUCGAACCCGCAGAGCGAGAUGAGUGGUAGGAACCGGGCAGGACUUCGAGAGAGCAAUAAGUCUGCCCCUCCUACUCAGAGACUGUGGCGUCGGUCGACCAGUAACUCUCACCUGAUGAAAGUGUUAGUAGGAAAACCUAAUAAGUCAUCUCUGGUCAGGAGAAAACGCCAUGUCCAAGAAUACAUUGACAAGCUUAAGGAAAUAGACUCUAAAAUACUUGAUCCAUUGACUGUGUCAGAGCGGAAGAAGCGCUCAGUUAUAGUGGAAGCAAAGCACACUGGUGGACCUUUGCCUUUCUGGAAGUCGCGGGAUGAGAAUGGUCAGAUGAUCAACAAAGAAGUCAUUCGCUGGAGGCUUCUGACCAAUGGCUACAGCACAAGGAUACCAGUUGAGGACCAAAGGGCGACCAUUGACCUCGCUUUCCGAAUGUGGAGCGAGGUCAUCCCACCCAAGUUUGUUGAGGACACUGGUGGUGAUAUACGAGACGUUGAUAUUGAAAUAGCAUUUGGAAGAGGUAAUCAUCAAAACUGUCCCCAUAAGUUCGACGGCAGUGGGGGUGAGAUCGCCCAUUCCUGGAAAGCCGGGAACAUGCACUUCGACGACGAGGAAAACUUUAAGUCUAUCCGGUCGUACAGCCCUGAGGGGAUUUAUCUUCUGCGUGUGGCAGUGCACGAGAUCGGUCAUGUGCUGGGACUUGCUCACCGAAAUAAGUCGUAUUCCAUUAUGUACGCCAUCUACCACGGCUUCGAGAUGCAGCAGCCCGAGUUUGAACUGGGCUGGGAAGACCGGAAGGCCAUUCAACAGAUAUAUGGUGUAUGCAAAGGACACUUCGAUACGUUGUUCGACUGGGUGAGGAAGCGUCCCGACAACCAGUUCAUCUACAACACAUACUUCUUCCGCCAGAACAGGUACUGGAUGUACGAGAACCAUGCCAACAGAACACGAUACGGUGACCCUUUGUACAUCGCACGGGAGUGGGACGGCGUCCCCGAUGGAAUCGACGCCUACAUCCAUGUCUGGUACUUCACAGACACCACCAUGGCUAAUGAAGCUUAUUUCUUUAAAGGAGAGGAUUUCUACCGGUACGAUAACGACAACGACAAGGUGUUUGACGGUUACCCCAAGAAGAUAUCAGAAGGGUUUCCGGCAAAGGAGGGAUCGGAAGACCGUAUCCCAGACAACCUGGACGCUGUGUUCUUUGACUUGCGAGACAAGAAUAUCUACUUUUUCAAAGAUGAAUAUGUCUACGUUUAUGAUCCGAAGGAGCCCGAAGAGACCCGAGGUUGCUGUGUUCGGAAAGUGAAAAUCGUGGAUGAGUACCCCGUGAAAGAAGGGGAGAAGCCGCUGCCGGCGACUGUGGACGCCGUGUAUUAUUCCUACAAGGACAAAGCCAUGUACUUAUUUAAAGAUGAGGAGUUUUGGCAGAAUACGAGGUUUCAUCCGAGGAUCAAACAAACACAGAAUACGCUGGAAUACAGAGGCAAGUGGUAUGAAAAGUGGUUCGAUAUUUGUGACGUCACAGAUAUGGAGUGAAUGACAUUAUGACGCCCACUGUGUGAGGACUUCAAUUCGAAAUGUCACGUGACCCGUAUUAUAGAUGACGUCAACAGUGACCACGAGCACAGAUCAGAGGAGCACCUGCUGAAGCCAGGACAAUCCGACAAACGGAGUUCCAUCCGAGGCGUCAAUCCACUUCUGAGAGGGAUCCCAUGUACAUAGAUGAUGUCUGGCAUAGGUCCUGUCUUGGAAACCGUGCUUCUCGUCUUGCACGUGCUUCUCGUGCUAAUGAAAGAGCUAGUUGACAUAUCAGCGGGCUGAUGUCAUGAACUGCUCAUGUGAUAUAUUCUAACGUUCAUCUGAUUGGUUGUUAGCGUUGUGUUGAUACUAAUGCUUACAUGGGGCCGAGGCUUCGCUAGUGCUCGACAAAUACCGCAGAGUUGCAUUAAAGGACAACGUAUGUUGAUAAGGCUGGACACAUCAUCAACUCCAGCCGGACAUUGCUUAUUUCACUUGGAAUGCGAAGUUCAACACAAAGGAGCAAGUGUUUUUUUUGUACACGUGAUCUUAUAUGAAGUAUUUGCCACUUUUAUAUGAUCGAACUGCCACUGUUAUAUUCAAUGUCAUAUUGUUGCGUUAUAGCCUUUGGGGCAUUAUUGACUUGUUAGCAUCCAGUAAAGGGCUAGCGUGUCGCGAUGUACAAAUUGGUCUGUAUUUACAAGUACAUUCCCCGCUCGCUCGCUCCCUGUUCUCGCUCAUGUAGGACAGUUGGAGGUCUGAGAUUGACGCCGAAAUAGUAACGGUUCGGACUGGUGGACGGAUAGACGGAAAUAUGUCAGAGCAGGCUCUUGGUCCUUCUUUAGAUCUGUGAAUUACGCAGCUUUAGAUCUUUUAGUUGGUAGGACCGUAAACAGUCUGUAUCGUCGGGGCAUGAUGAUAGCCCUAUUGAAUAUGAUUGUCUUUGCUAUUGAGUCGAGUGACUAGUGCUGUAAACAGUGUACAGUUAUUGGUCCUGGCCAUAGGAUAGAUAUAUUCUUGUUCAUGCUUUACAGUGCUUGGGUAUGUUCAAUAUGUACAGCUUUUGGUCAAGUCAAAGAUUGACUUUGGUGGGCCGUAUCCACUGUGCACAAUGAUUGAUCCUGCCCAUAGUGAACGGUCAUGGCCUUGAUGCUUUCGAUUGGUCCUGUCGCUGGUUCAAAGUGAUUGGCCCUGCCCAUGGUGCACAGUGAUUGGUUCUUGUUAUGGUGUACCAUAUUUGGUCCUGUCCACUGAACAUUUUGAUAGGCUCUGUCUGGCUUUGGUUUUUACCAUGGGGCAUUUCUGAUUAGUCCUGUUCGUUGUACAUAGUGAUUGGCGCUGUUCAUUAUGUACAGUGAUAGGUCCUGCUCAUCGUGCUCGGUGAUUGGUUCUGUUCAUCAUGAACGGUGAUUGGUCCUGUUCAUCUUGCAUGGUGAUUGGUCCUGUUCAUCAUGAACGGUGAUUGGUCCUGUUCAUCAUGCACGGUGAUUGGUCCUGUUCAUCAUGCGCGGUGAUUGGUCCUGUUCAUCAUGCGCGGUGAUUGGUCCUGUUCAUCUUGCACGGUGAUUGGUCCUGUUCAUCUUGCACGGUGAUUGGUCCUGUUCAUCAUGAACGGUGAUUGGUCCUGUUCAUAAUGCACGGUGAUUGGUCCUGCUCAUCGUGCACGGUGAUUGGUUCUGUUCGUCAUGAAUGGUGAUUGGUCCUGUUCAUCUUGCACGGUGAUUGGUCCUGUUCAUCAUGGACGGUGAUUGGUCCUGUUCAUCUUGCACGGUGAUUGGUCCUGUUCAUCAUGAACGGUGAUUGGUCCUGUUCAUCAUGCACGGUGGUUGGUCCUGCUCGUCGUGCACGGUGAUUGGUUCUGUUCGUCAUGAAUGGUGAUUGGUCCUGUUCAUCUUGCACGGUGAUUGGUCCUGUUCAUCAUGGACGGUGAUUGGUCCUGUUCAUAAUGCACAGUGAUUGGUCCUGUUCAUCAUGCAAUGUGAUUGGCCCUAUUCAACAUGCACGGUGCUUGGUCCUGUUCACCAUGCACGGUGAUUGGUCACGUUCAUCAUGCAAUGUGAUUGGUCCUGCUCAUCGUGCACGGUGAUUGGUCCUGUUCAUCAUGCGCAGUGAUUGGGCCUGUUAAUCGUGCACGGUGAUUGGUCAUGUUCAUCAUGUCCUGUGAUUGGUCAUGUUCAUCAUGCACAGUGAUUGGUUUUGUUCAUGGAUAGGAUUACUGGCGGUAGGGUUCCAGAAAGAACCGUUCGUAUGUUUAGAAGGCUUGGUCACAGUCGGCUACUCAGAAACUGUAUGUACAUGUUUUCACUUGUAUUAAGACGUUUUUUAUAUAUAUUUUGCAUAUUGUGUCAGCUGGUCCGAUGUUUUUGUUAUUCAUUUCUAACUAUCACAUCCACAUCUUGGUUUCAUUUUAACUUUAAUCAACUCUACUAAACAUUCAGAAGUACAUGGUUGAAUCAGCGUUGCUUUGUUAUGCUCACCAAAUGUAGUUUUUUGUGUUUUUAAAAAAAUGAUUUCACAUAAGGUGCCACGAUUUUACAACAUACCCUACAGGACAAUGUUGCUGGCCUGACGGGUCGUAGUAUGUGCAGGCUUAGUAGACCCUACCUGGGUAGCUGUUCUGAUGUUCGCUCUGUCAUUACGUGGUCCAUUUUUUUGAUGUUUGUUAAUAAUUUGAAACUCUAGCUCCUUCAUUUUGUCACAAGUCUGAAACAGCAAGUGCAGCGUAGAGAUGAUUGCUAUGAGGCAGGGGUUGUGUUGCUGAUGUGUAAAUAUACUAAAAACAUAGAACGUAAAGGUAUCGCUGUAGUGUACGAGAAACGUUUUCAGUCAGUAUUAUAGCUCGAAGUCAUCGCGCACAUUAAGCCAAAGAUAUUGUUGGAAGAUGUACAGUGAUAGUGUAUGGCAUAGCACGGGGCACAGCUUUAAAGGGAGACGCACGUUAUGUAUAUAUCUAGUGCACACAUUGGAGACCUCUACUUGCAUGUCCACCUUAACUAUAGUUAACGCUCGUGCAUCACGUAUGUGCACGUCCCAGACCACCAACCUUAGUUUUCACGUGACUUCACGUGACUUUGAGUGCUAGAGAUAGCUAGGGCUCCAAACGUAUGCAGAUGGCCUUUUUAGGGCGUCUGGUUGACUUCAAGACAUAAUUGUAGUAAGUCUUGUAUUCACGUGAGGAGGCGGCGUAGCUUUCUUGCUCUUCUGUAUGCGUACAAGUAACAAAAACUUAAGCGGAUAUGCACGUGCAUGCACGUGUACGCUAUUUAUGUCAAACCCGCCAUAUGAGCAGGGCCGUGCCUGCUGAAAACCUACUUAUCAUAAUUUAUAAACUGUUAUGUUUUUAUAUUUUAAUUUUGUUAUGUGUACAUUUCGGGAUGAUAUUUAUUACAAUAGUUCUUGUGAGCAUGCGUGCUUGCCACUUUGAAAAGCAUGCUUACGAGAAAACUAUUUUUGUAGCCAUUUCGUCAUAAGUUCAUUACCGUUCUGAUGUGAUGUGUUUAGUUGAUGCGUCAGCCAUGACUUGUCCACUAUUUGCCGUCUAAUUUAUGACCAAACCAUUGUCCAACCGUCAUGUCCACCGCCACCUGAUCAGUGAUGCACGCAUCUGUAUACGUCAUGUGAUCAGUGUCAUGCGCAUAUGUGUACGUCAUGUGAUUAGUGUCUUGCGCAUAUAUGUACGUCACGUGAUCUGUCAUGCGCAUCUGUGUACGUCACGUGAUCAGUGUCAUACGCAUAUGUGUACAUCACGUGAUCAGUGUCAUGCGCAUCUGUUUACGUCACGUGGUCAGUAUCAUGCGCGUCUGUGUACGUUACGUGAUCUUUUGUCAUGCGCAUCAGUGUACAUCACGUGAUCAGUAUCAUGCGCAUCUGUGUACAUCACGUGAUCAGUGUCAUGCGCAUCUGUGUACGUCACGACGAUCUGUCAUUCAAAUAAAUGUCUGCCUAUUCGUA